CGGCGGCCUCUGCGGCAUCCGGGCACUCGGCGGGUCGCGGCUGGCUCGGCGGUGGCGCAGGAUGGCACAGAAGAAAUAUCUUCAAGCAAAACUGACCCAGUUUCUAAGGGAAGACAGAAUUCAGCUUUGGAAACCUCCAUAUACUGAUGAAAAUAAAGAAGUUGGUUUGGCCUUGAAGGACCUUGCUAAGAAGUACUCUGACCGGCUAGAGUGCUGUGAAAAUGAAGUGGAAGACAUAAUAGAAGAAAUCCGAUGCAAAGCGAUUGAGCGCGGCACAGGAAAUGAGCACUACCGUACAACUGGUAUUGCCACAAUUGAGGUGUUUCUGCCUCCAAGACUCCGGAAGGAUAAGAAAAGCCUGUUGGAGACCCACUUGCAUGUCACUGGUAGAGACCUGAGGUCUAAAAUAGCUGAAACUUUUGGAUUCCAAGAAAAUUACAUCAAGAUCGUAAUAAAUAAGAAACAGCUUCAGCUGGGGAAAAGCCUUGAAGAACAAGGAGUCACUCACAAUGUAAAGGCUAUGGUGUUAGAGCUGAAACAGUCUGAAGAGGAUGUGAGGAAGAACUUACAGAUAGAGGAAGAGGAACAGAAUGAGGCUGAGCUGAAGGAAAAGCGCAUUCAGAGGACCAAAAGGGGACUGGAGAUCCUGGCGGAGAGAGCGGAGAUGGUAGAUCCGGAAACGAUGCCUUACUUAGACAUUGCAAACCAGACAGGCAGGUCGAUCAAAAUUCCCCCUGCCGAAAGAAAAGCCCUUAUGUUAGCUAUGGGAUAUCAUGAGAAGGGCAGAGCUUUCUUGAAAAGAAAAGAGUAUGGAAUAGCCUUGCCAUGCCUCCUGGAUGCUGACAGAUACUUCUGUGAGUGCAAAGAGCUGCUGGACACUGUGGACAACUAUGCGGUUCUCCAGCUGGACAUCGUGUGGUGCUACUUCCGCCUAGAGCAACUGGAAUGCCUUGAUGAUGCAGAGAAAAAGCUGAACUUGGCGCAGAAGUGCUUUAAAAACUGUUACGGAGAGAAUCACCAGAGACUGGUCCACAUAAAAGGAAAUUGUGGGAAAGAGAAGGUGUUGUUUUUAAGACUCUACUUGCUUCAGGGGAUUCGACACUAUCACAGUGGAAAUGGAGAGGAGGCUCGGGAGUACCUCAACAAGGCACGUCAGCUCUUCAAAGAGCUGUACAUUGAUCCGUCAAAAGUUCACAACUUGUUGCAGUUGGGGUUCACUGCCCAGGAAGCCCGGCUUGGCCUGAGGGCCUGUGAUGGGAACGUGGACCAUGCAGCCACUCACAUUUCCAACCGUAGAGAGGAACUGGCCCAAAUAAGGAAGGAGGAGAAAGAGAAGAGGAGACGCCGCCUGGAAAAUAUCAACUCUCUGAGAGGAAUGGGGUACUCCACACGUGCCGCCAAACAGGCCCUUCACCAGGCCAGAGGCAACCUGGAUGAUGCCCUGAAGAUUCUCCUCAGUAACCCCCUUUUGUGGUGGUUACAAGACUCAGAUCCUGAAAACAGCAGCCGUCAAGCAAGUCCUUCCCAGGAAAGCAUCGACCAACUGGUGUACAUGGGUUUCGACACAGCAGUGGCUGAAGCUGCGCUAAGGGUGUUUGGAGGCAAUGUCCAGCUGGCCGCUCAGACCCUUGCACAUCAUGGAGGAAGCCUCCCUCCCGACCUGCAGUUCUCCGGAGAGGACUCUUCCUCCUCCUCCUCCUCCUCCUCCUCCUCCACACCGUCCACAUCCCCAUCUGACUCUGCAGGAACCUCUAGUGCCUCUACAGAUGAAGACAUGGAGACAGAGGCUGUCAAUGAAAUCCUGGAGGAUAUUCCGGAGCAUGAGGAGGACUACCUGGACUCCACUCUGGAAGAUGAAGAAGUCAUUAUUGCUGAGUACCUGUCCUACGUAGAAAGUAUAAAGUCUGCCGCAAAGAACAACUGAACAGAAAUAAGUGCUACAUUUCUGCCUAUAAAUUCUGUCGUUGUGAAUGGCUGAAUACAGCUCUUCUUUGCGUUCCUCUUGCUUUUCAACAGUUUUGCUCCAAGUAGGCUUCCUCCUCAGGUUCAGGGACCCAGCAUAGUGAAGAGACUGUUGGUCGGAGGACAGUCCAGGAGAGGGAAUUCCCGUCCUAGCUCUGCUGUUCCCUUCCUCCUCCAGGUCUGCAUCCCUGACUCUGCCACUUCGUUGGUUCCAUCCAGAACUGAAAAGCAGGCUCCCUAGAGGCAGGGUGUGCUCCCUGGGAAGGUCUGUAGAGGGACUGGGCGUCUGUCUCCUGUCUUCUCAGCUAGCCCUCCUGUGCACUUUUCUCCUCCUAUCCUGCUGCCGAAACUGCCCUCCUCCACCAGCACCUCUGCUGUGCAAGCUGACCUCAGCCCUCGCUUGCCUGCCUGCCUGCCUCACCCCUUAACUCUCCAUUCCAAGUGCUGUGGGGCCUAACAGUUACAGGCUGCAGUUGCCACACUAAAUGGCAGCAGACACUUAGAUCUUAAAAUGUCAGGGUUUUGUGCUUAGAUCAGUAAAUCUGUACUUAAAAUUCAAGAUUGCAAAUCAGAGUUUAUCUGGAUUCUAAAUUCCUCAUACAAAGUAAAAAUCUUUUAUUAAAUGGAUAAGUUUUAAAAGCUAACCAAAGCAAGUUAUUUUUAAUUAACAUCUCUACACUGCUGUCAGAGAAAGCUCACUGACAGCUGAGAGACUGCUGAGGUUGAAAUGUGCUUUCUCUCCUUGGGUUUUGUGUAGCCAGGUCGCAGAAGACUGUUCCUGAAGGGGCCUGACAGCCUUUGGUUGGUUCAUCCUGAGUGUGGACCAGACGGACAGCCUUCUGGCACCCUGGGCAUGGUAGCAGUCAGAUGGGGCAUGGGCCAAGUGCCACUGUUCCUGAGAGCCUUUCAUUUCACCUGAAGCAUUGGCAGCAGACUAGACUGGACAAGUAUAAUUGUCUCUUGCUUUCUUUCUAAUCACACACAUUUAUUUGUGCGUGGUAGGGGGCAAACAUGCCAUUGCACAAGUCUGGGCAUUCAGAAGACGACAUGUGGAAAUUGGUUCUCUCUUUCCACCAGGGACUGAACUCAGGUUGUGAGGCUUGGUGGCAAGUCUCCCUCUUGAGUCAUCUUGCUGGCUCCCUUGCUAUUCUUUGAAAGUGGUGAUGCUGAUCAAAAUAAAUUGAAUGCAAUUGAAUGUCU